AUGGUAUUUGUACCUAUAUCAAAUUGCUUCUGGGGCAGUUCUGCGACUGCAAUUAUUGACCAAGUCCUAGUGUUGGCCUUAUGGCUAUUAUGCAGUGAUGUUUCUGGUUUCUUUAAGAUUUGGUCCAGAAAACACAGAGAACCUGUUAAAUUCAUACCAAAAUCCAGACAUAACGUCCAAACUUUGUGGGUGACUCAAAAAUUGGACCACUUCAAUCCUCGUGAUAACAGAACUUGGAAAAUGAGAUAUAUGUCUAAUGAUGAGCACUACAAAGCUGGUGGACCAAUUAUCAUACAAAUUGGAGGUGAAUGGACAAUCACUUCUGGAGUUUUGCUUGGUGGUCAGCAUUAUGAUAUCGCAGCCCAACAUAAAGGAUAUUUAUUCUACACAGAGCAUCGUUACUACGGUGAAAGUCAUCCAACACCAGAUGUUUCUACUAAGAAUCUUCAGUACUUGAGUGUGGAUCAGUCACUGGCUGAUUUGGCUUACUUUGUUGAUUAUGUCAAAGGUCAAAUCACAGCAAAAGACAGCAAAGUAAUCGUUGUUGGUGGAUCAUACGCCGGCAGUAUGGCUGCUUGGUUCCGCCUGAAAUAUCCUCAUCAGUGCGACAUUGCUCUUUCUUCCAGUGCUCCUCUAUUGGCAAUUGCAGACUUCUACAAAUAUCACGAGGUAGUAGGCAAAGCCCUGAAGAGUGAAAGUGGAGACAGAUGCUACCAAAUUGUUGAAGAAGGUAUGAAGCAAUUGAGAGAAGUCAUGAAAACUGCAAAUGGACCACAAGAAAUCGCCCAGUUGUUCAACCUUUGCGUUGCCAUCAACCCAAGAGAUGCCUUAGAUUACGGUACGCUAGUAUCUGGAAUAGAAAACGUCAUUGCCGGAAUUGUCCAAUAUCACCAACCUGGUGAUAUUGAAAAUGCCUGUGAUAUCCUCCAGAAAAAUACUGAUGCAACCAACGGAAGUGAAUUAAAAGGUUUGGCAGCAUUAAUUAAAUCCAAUGUUGGAUGGGAAAGUUCCGAAUGCGCUGAAGCAGACUAUUUAUCUCUGGUCAACGCCUUUAAACAAGUUAGUUGGAGCAGCUUGAAUGCUACAGACGGCAUGCAUCCAUGGCUCUACCAAACUUGCACGGAAUACGGAUACUACCAGACUGAUUCCUCUCCUAACCAGCCUUAUGGAUCUGGUAUUAAUACUUUGCACUUUAACAUCCAAAUAUGUAAAGAUAUAUUUGAAGAUGUAUUUACCGACAAUGCAGAAGAUAUUUUAAAUACCGGCAUUGAAAGGACUAAUGUUGUUUAUGGAGCACUAACUUCAGCCGUAGAUAGGGUCAUCUUCACCCACGGUACAGUAGACCCCUGGCAUUCCAUUGGACUUUUGGAAGAAGUCAACCCGAAAAGUCCAGUGAUCGUAGUAAAAGGAACUUCCCAUUGCAAAGAUUUGGAAUCAAUUUCAUCAGCUGAUUCAGCAGAAAUGAAAGCUGCCAAGAAACGUGUUUUGGAACUUAUAGCAAAAUGGUUGAGCGAAUAA